AAGUGCCUGUCCUUCCAUUCAAGAAUUUGUAAGAUUUAGCAGAGGUUGAUGCUGUACUCAGAUCCCCCCUCUCUCUUUCUCUCUCUUUCCCAUGUCCUACAAUCCCUAUCUCUGUAUAUAGCUUCCUUCUGAUAGAUAUUCCUCCAAGCUUUCAGAUGGAGACGGCCUACCUCUUCACGAUCUUCAUGCUCAUUUAUGUUUUGUUUCAGUUUCUUGAAUUCGUACUACAAUAUUGAUUGAUUUGUUGCUGUCGUCGAUCGAGAGCAAUGGAAGGAGACGCCGGCGGUGGAUCGUCGCGACGCCUCAAUUUCCCUCUCCAGCUGCUGGAGAAGAGGGAGGAAGACUCCUGCUCCACAUCCGCGUACCCUUCUCUAGCCAUCUCCUCCUCGGCCGCCGCGGCGGCGGCCGAGCAGGAGCUGACGGCGGAGCGGAAGCCGCCGCCCAGGCGGAGCUCCAACAAGGACCGGCACACCAAGGUGGAGGGCCGGGGGCGCCGGAUCCGCAUGCCCGCCCUCUGCGCUGCCCGCGUCUUCCAGCUCACCCGUGAGCUCGGACACAGGACCGACGGCGAGACCAUCGAGUGGCUGCUCCAGCAGGCCGAGCCCGCCGUGAUCGCCGCCACCGGAACCGGCACCAUCCCCGCCAACUUCACCUCUCUCAACAUCUCCCUCCGCAGUUCCGGCGCAUCCAUCUCCGCCCCGUCCCACCUCCGCGCCGCCAACUACUUCAGCUCACUGACCGCGGCCGCCGCCCUCCCGGACCCCUCCCUCCGUAUCCAUAACGACUGGCCGGAACAUGGCGGCGGCAGUUCCUCCUUCCCCUCCGAAAGACCCUCCUCUUCCUCCUCCGUGCUACUCAACUUCAAUUCAUGUAGCAUUGGCCUCGCCGACGCCUCGCCGGAGGCCGAUAUUGGAAGCUUGAGGAAACGCCGGUGGGAGCCCGAUCAGAUCCAAUACCAACAGCAACAGCAACAGCAAAUUGCAGGUUACAGCCAACAAAUCCCAAACCCAUCUGGAACACUUUGGAUGGUCUCAAACCGCAACACUAUCCAACAAGAUGAUAUCAACCAGCAGUGGCCGCCGCAACAGCAGCAGUCCAUGUGGGCGUUCCCUCAAACGGGUGGCGGCAGCUCCAUGUUCAGAGGAUCCGCCGCCCUCCACUUCCUCAAUUUCCCUCCCGCCGCCACUUCCAUGGCCCUUUUCCCAAACCAACAACUAGGCAUCGGAUCCACCUCAUCUGGAGGCGGCCUCAACGUCUACCGCUCGCCCUCUACAGCCUCCGAGGCGAUGGCCCCGUCGUCCACGUCCGGCCACUACCAGGAAAGCGACCGCCAUGACACCGGGAGCGAUUCCUGAUUAAUGCAUAGGUGUCAUCCUAUCCGAUCCUCAUAUGCAUCCAUUAUAUUAAUUGUUUUCAUCAUUUCCCCUUCCCUUUCCAUGAUUAAUUAUCUCUCUGAUUCUUGAAUUUAUAUAUAUGAUCUCAUUAAUAUUUAAUUCGGCUCCUUUCUUUCCUGUAAAAAGAAGAAAAUUUUUUAGGGCUUAAUUUUUAUAAGCUGGCUACACUUCUCGUCCUCUGUUUGUUAAUUCGGUACAUGGAGAAAUCAGAUACCGUGCAUGAGAUCAUGAGCUCAACAGCAUGUCAACUGCAACAUCCAACUCAGAGACUGACUCCCUCAAUCAUUGCAAUGCGACUGUUACACUUGUGCAUAGCUAUUUUAAUCAGUUCCAUGUAUGGUCACACACAAACGACCACAAUUAAUACGCAGCUCUCGGACUCAAACUCACCUUAUCUGUAUAUUGUCCUUUACAAUUGUCCCAGUGCAUGUGUGUCAGUGCAUCGCAAA